GAUUUGACAAUUUAUUGGCUCUUUUCUUGCUGCGUUUGCGACAAACUAGUGAUGUAUUAGCCACACAUGGUCAGAUGUUCCAGAAUACUUGCAAGAUAAUAGUGCAAGUCCUUAGUAACCUAUAUACCCGAAACCUAAAAAAUGAAAAUGAUUCUGAAAUUCUCACCAUUUGCUCCUUCCCGAACUCUGAUUUUCAACCCCAGGUUCCAACCCAGAAGAGUAAUCCACAUUCAUGGCCUCUCCAAUUCCCAAUUCAGAGUUGUAGCCAUGGCUGGGGCAGGGUCUGUUCAGAAGUCAGAGGAGGAGUGGCGUGCCAUCCUCUCCCCUGAGCAAUUCCGGAUUCUGAGGCAGAAAGGCACAGAGAAUCCAGGGACAGGGGAGUAUAACAAGUUUUUUGGUGUAGGCACCUACCUGUGUGCUGGUUGUGGAACUCCCCUCUAUAGGUCUGCAACAAAAUUCAACUCACCCUGCGGCUGGCCUUCUUUUUAUGAGGGUCUCCCCGGGGCCAUAAAUCGCAAUGUGAGCUUCUCCUCAAUUAUAUAUGCUACUUCCCUAUCCCUUUUUUACUUUCUAAAUAUUUUUAGAUCGUUGUACCACAGCUCGUUCUCAUUUUGCUCCUUUGAUAACUCGAACGCCUUAACCUCUUUGUUAGAAAUGAGUGUUCUAUCAACCUCAUUUCUACUGCUAGAGUUGCUAAAAUUACAAAGCGAAAAGCAAGAGUUCAGGAACUUUUCCUAUUUCCCUCUCCAUUGCUUAAUCUCUCUAUUCAUUAAUGAUUUUAUUAUCGGACUCUAACAUUUUUGAGUUGAUUGCGUGAUUUUCAGCCUGACCCAGAUGGGGUGAGGAUGGAGAUAACUUGUGCUGCUUGUGGGGGCCAUCUUGGUCAUGUUUUUAAAGGUGAAGGGUUUCGUACCCCAA